GGAUAAUUUAUGUGUUCAUUCACAAACAUUAUUUAGAAAAAAAAUUAAGCAGAAAGUUAGUAUCAGAGUAUCAGCAAAAUUCGUUUAACUUUAUAUAUUUCGUAAUAUAGCUAAGCAAAGAAUAGUUUGGCCCAAUGCCAUAGGUUUGAUGUAUUCUUUGACAUAUUAGAACUCAAAGAAUGCAGACACACGCAGCCACAAAAUUUGGCAAUGGUCGUGAGUAAGGUCAUGUGACAUUGCCUACUUCGCUCUAUUGUUAAUUUCUUUUUAACGUUUCUCAUUUUAAAUAAAUGUAUGUGUUCGUUCUCAUGCUUUUGAAGUAAAGAAAAUAUUCAUAAAUCAGAUGUACACUAACAAUGACGAACAAUAGUACAUAUUGUGCUUCCACAUGUAAUCAUUUGGACGGUAUUUCAAUACAGAAUUGGCGAGAAUGCCUCGCAAUAGGAAAUGCACUUGAAGAAAAUAAACGGCGCAGCUUAAUGUGGAUUUGGCCUACAGAAAGUGAGUUACUCAAAUUUGGCGCGUUACUUUACACCUUCAAGAUAAAGCAUAUACUUAGUAUCGGCUGUGGCAAUGGAUUAUUUGAGAGAAUAAUACACGAAUGUUUGGGAGUGGCAGUUAAUGGUGUUGAAGUCGAUCGAUCGUGGUGGGAAAGUAAAUAUGCAAUUAAAAGUUUUAUUAACCUUAGUUAUUUUGACGAGUUUAAGAAGGAAGAAAAUCAGGAUGAGUUUCUUCAAAAGUGUUGCAAUUUGGAAAAUUGGGAUUUUGCAUUAAUGUUUUGCUACUUUAACAACCGCUCUGCAUACCUUAAUUAUAUACAAAUAUAUAAAGGAAAUGUACUUGUAAUCGUUGGACCGAAAACUGGAGUGAAAGUUUUCACUGAACCAUUGCCGCUUGAACCACAUUUCCCUGCAGGUAAUUGUUGGCAAUUAAAAGCUACCCUUAACAUUGGAAAGAUUGAUGUAAUAGCGUUUUAUACAAGAGAUUUUUGUUGA